CCAAGCUGGAAUUCCUCAGUGAGGCAAACCAGCUUGUUUGGGAACCUGCACUGCACGACAGACAUUUGUACAUUCAUGGUCCCAAACGGCUGCUGAACAAUAAUCAGAUAAAACAAAUCGUGAGAAGAUCCUUUGAAGAUCUGGAGAACCUGAAAUACCUCUACCUUUAUAAAAACGAAAUUCAGAGCAUCCAGCAACAUGCCUUCCACGGGCUCCAUUCCCUGGAACAGCUGUACCUGCAUUUCAACAACCUGGAAAGUCUGGAGCUGGAGACUUUUAGUGACCUGCCUAAACUUGAAAGGCUAUUCUUGCACAACAACAAGAUUUCCAAGAUUCAUCCAGGGACAUUCUCUCAACUGGAAUCCCUCAAACGGCUGCGGCUGGACUCCAACGCCUUGUUUUGUGACUGUGACUUGAUGUGGUUGGCUGAGCUGCUGAAGAAAUACGCCGAGCAGGGCAGCAUCCAGACAGCUGCCACCUGUGAGGCUCCUCGGGACCUGCACGGCCGCUCCAUCGUCACCUUGACCGCCCAGGAGUUCAACUGCGAGAGGCCUCGAAUAACCUCAGAACCCCACGAUGUCGAUGUCCUCUUGGGAAACACAGUUUAUUUCACCUGCAGGGCAGAAGGAAAUCCAAAGCCUGCGAUUAUUUGGCUGCACAACAAUAAUAAGAUUGACAUGAAAGAUGACAACCGCCUGAACCUGUUGCAAGAUGGUACCUUGAUGAUCCAGAAUACCAAGGAGUCGGAUAAAGGCGUCUACCAGUGCAUGGCCAAGAACAUAGCUGGGGAGGUCAAGACACAAGAAGUUGUGCUGCGCUAUUUUGGCACCCCAUCCAAGCCCACUUUUGUGAUCCAGCCUCAGAACACUGAAGUGCUGAUUGGGGAAAGUGUCACCUUGGAGUGUGGAGUCUCUGGGCACCCCCACCCUCGCAUCAGCUGGACCCUUGGCACAGGCUCUCCUUUGCCUCAGGAUUCCCGUUUCACUAUCACCAGCUCUGGAGGACUCUUCAUUCAGAACGUCACCUUCUCGGAUCAGGGGCAGUACAACUGCAAUGCCACCAACUCCGAGGGCUCCAUCCAGGCGACAGCAAGGAUCAUCGUGCAAGAUUCUCCCAGGUUUCUCGUCAUUCCUACUGAUCAGACAGUAACUGAGGGACAAAGCGUGGAUUUCCCCUGCUCUGCUGAGGGUCACCCUCCACCUGUGAUUACCUGGACAAGGGCAGGUGGGCCUUUGCCAAACGACCGGCGGCACAGCAUCCUCUCCACGGGCACCCUGCGGGUGCUGAGGGUGGCUCUGCACGACCAGGGGCAGUUCGAGUGCCACGCCAUCAGUGCCAUCGGGGUCAGGACCCUCCCGGUGCAGCUCUCGGUCACCCCACGAGUGAUACCCGUGUUCCUUCAGCCCCCCCAGGAUGUGGUGGCAGAGACAGGCCAGGAUGUUGCCAUUACCUGUGCUGCCCAGGGAGACCCACGGCCCACCAUAACCUGGGUCAAGGAGGGUAUCCAGAUCACAGAGAGUGGCAAGUUCCAUAUUGGCCAAGAUGGGACCCUUUCCAUUCAGGAUCUUGGCGUGGCUGACCAGGGCAGAUACGAAUGCAUAGCAAGGAACCCCUUUGGCUUCACCUCCAGUGCCAUGCAGCUCACCAUCACCGCCACGGACGUCGGUCGGAGCGGUGACACGUUUGUAGCCACGUCGCUGCGGGAGGCCAUCAGCAGCGUGGACCACGCCAUCAACUCCACACGCACCGAGCUCUUCAGCAAACGUCCCAAGACACCCAAUGACCUCCUGGCUCUCUUCCGCUACCCCCGGGACCCCUACACCAUCGAGACAGCCAGGGCAGGGGAGAUCUUUGAAAGGACCUUGCAGCUGAUUCAGGAACACGUGCAGCAAGGGCUCAUUGUGGAUAUGAACGUCACAGGCUAUCGCUACAAUGACCUGGUGUCCCCUCACUACCUGAACAUGAUUGCCAACCUGUCGGGCUGCUCUGCCCACCGUCGCACGCCGAACUGCUCCGACAUCUGCUUCCACAAGAAGUACAGGACCCACGACGGCUCUUGCAACAACCUCCAGCACCCAAUGUGGGGUGCGUCUCUCACAGCCUUCCAGAGGCUCCUCAAACCUGCCUACCAGAACGGAUUUAACCUUCCCCGAGGGUUUUCCUUGGCAGAAGAUGCCAGGGAUCUGCCCCUUCCUCUACCUCGCCUCGUCUCCACUGCCAUGAUCGGGACUGAGACCAUCACCCCCGACGACCAGUUCACGCACAUGCUCAUGCAGUGGGGCCAGUUUCUGGACCACGACAUGGACCAGACGGUGGCAGCCAUCAGCAUGUCCCGCUUCUCGGACGGAGCACCUUGCAGCGAGGUGUGCAGCAAUGACCCGCCGUGCUUCUCCGUCAUGGUCCCCGCCAACGACCCCCGCGUGAGGAACGGGCGCUGCAUGUUCUUCGUGCGCUCGAGCCCGGUGUGCGGCAGCGGGAUGACCUCCCUGCUGAUGAACUCUGUCUAUGCCAGAGAGCAGAUCAACCACUUGACGUCUUACAUCGAUGCCUCCAACGUUUACGGCAGCACGGAGCAGGAGUCGCGGGAGCUGCGGGACCUGAGCAGCCAGAGCGGGCUGCUGAAGCGCGGGCAGGUUGUGCCCAGCUCGGGGAAGCAUCUCCUUCCCUUUGCCGUGGGGCCGCCCACGGAGUGCAUGAGAGAUGAGAACGAGAGCCCCGUGCCGUGCUUCCUGGCAGGAGACCACCGUGCCAACGAGCAGCUGGGUCUCACGGCCAUGCACACGCUGUGGUUCAGGGAGCACAACCGCGUCGCCACGGAGCUGGCCGCCCUCAAUCCCCACUGGGACGGGGACCUCCUGUACCACGAGGCACGGAAGAUUGUGGGUGCCCAGAUGCAGCACAUCACCUAUGCCCAGUGGCUGCCCAAGGUCCUUGGGGAGGCGGGGAUGAAGAUGCUGGGUGAGUACAAAGGCUACAACCCCAAUGUCAACGCGGGGAUUCUCAACGCCUUUGCCACCGCUGCCUUCCGCUUCGGGCACACCUUGAUCAACCCCAUCCUGUACCGGCUGAACGAAACCUUCCAGCCCAUCCAACAAGGCCACAUCCCCCUGCACAAGGCCUUCUUCUCCCCUUUCAGGAUCACGCAGGAGGGGGGGAUUGACCCCCUCCUCCGUGGGCUGUUUGGGGUUCCUGGGAAAAUGCGGGUCCCCUCUGAACUCCUCAACAUGGAGCUGACAGAGAAACUCUUCUCCAUGGCACACUCUGUCUCCCUGGACUUGGCUGCUAUCAACAUCCAGAGAGGGCGAGACCACGGCAUCCCACCCUACAACGACUUCAGGGUCUUCUGCAACCUUUCAUCUGCACAGGAAUUUGAGGACCUCCGAAAUGAGAUAAAGAACUUGGAGAUCAGAGAAAAGCUCAGGAGUUUAUAUGGAACUGCCAAAAAUAUUGACCUGUUUCCAGCGCUGAUGGUGGAGGAUCUUGUCCCUGGGACCAGAGUUGGACCAACACUGAUGUGCCUGUUAACGACGCAGUUCAGAAGGCUGAGGGAUGGAGACAGAUUUUGGUAUGAGAAUCCCGGAGUCUUCACGCCGGCGCAGCUCACUCAGAUCAGACAGACGUCCCUUGCUCGUGUCAUCUGUGACAACAGUGACCACAUCCAGCAGCUGCAGAGGGAUGUCUUCCGGGUGGCAUCGUACCUGCAGGGCAUGGUCAACUGUGAGGAGAUCCCUGCCGUGGACCUCCGCUUGUGGCAGGACUGUUGUGAGGGUAAGGAGCAGGCUGUUCUAGCACCAGCUGACACGGGGGUUGCUCUGCGUGGCAUUUGUCACACGCCAUCAGCUGGUGUGAAAUUGCAGCUGAUCUCCUGCUACACCGGGAGAACCUUGUGUCAGCAAAUGGGUGCAAAUAGAAUAUAG